AACCGUGUUCUGUUCUCUCUAGAGUCUCAACCUGUCAACCAUAUCUGAUAUCCAAUCUCCCAAAAGCUUCCACCGUGUAUACAUACUCUGUCUCUUAUCAGAAUUUACAAUGAAAAUAUUAAAUGGAUAAAGGUAUCUUCAUCUUUGUUUCUUCUAUAUUCCAAACAUAUCCAAGUCCAAAGCUAUAUAUUCCCUUUCAUUCCUCCCAGCUGCCACACCAAUUCACAAUCUUUUAAGUGCUAACUACCACGCUUACAAGUUACGACCUAUCCCUUUUUGCCUUUCACCAACUCACCUACAAGAUGAAACAAAACCCCAGAGAGACAGAUCAACUCAUGGACGCUUUCACCAUGAAAUCUAAUUGUGGUUUCAUUCCUACAACUAGUACAAGUGCUAGCGGCGACUCUCAGCCAAAAUCAUUACUUGCUAGAUUGCGGAGGAAACUAUCCUCAAGAACCAAGUCAGAUUCUAAAGAUGAAAGAAGAUGCAACAGCUGCAGCAGUAACAGCAGCGAGGCCAACUCCGACCUCCAAAUGGUGUUUGAUUUCCUUGACGAAAAUGGUGAUGGAAAAAUCUCAGCACAAGAAUUGCAGAGGUGUAUAAGAACAGCAGGAGGACAUCUUUCCAUGGACGAAGCCGAAGCAGCUGUUAAGUCGUCAGACUUGGACGGAGACGGGAUGCUGGGGUUCCAUGAAUUUCAGGCGCUGAUGGAGGGUGGAGGCUCAACUGAGGAGGAGAGGAACAAGGAGCUGAGGGAGGCUUUUGGGAUGUAUGUUUUAGAGGGUUCAGGAUGCAUAACCCCUGCCAGUUUGAGGAGGAUGCUCAGUCGGCUGGGUGAGUCCAAGUCUAUCAACGAUUGCAAGGCCAUGAUUCGUGCCUUUGACCUCAACGGGGACGGUGUCCUCAGCUUUGACGAGUUUACUGUCAUGAUGCAGUGAUUCAUUCCCUUCUUCCCAUCCCACAUGCGUUUCAAUUUCACAUUAACCACCCAAGUCUUUACAACCAACCGACAACCAUCUCUGUUUCUUCAUUCUUUAUUUGUUAAUUUUAUUAAUUUACUUUGAAAGGAUGCUUCAAUUUUUUCUUUCAGUUCUGUAAAUAGAACUUUUAUUGAAACUA